AUGCGGCGAUUGUGCCAGCCGCGGCUGCUCGCCACAGUCGGCCGCGCCUCUCGGCCCUUCUGCCGACCCUUGCGCUGUGAAUGGUCGAGGGCCUUCUCAGCGCCGACAGGCGGCCCCUACCAGGAGGAUCGAGACCAAGCCCGGGCGUUCGUGAUCGAACGUGGCUACUCGCCCGAAAUUGCCGACGGCGUUCUUGCAGCCCUGGUCUCCCCAGGUUCUGGCAUCUUCCCGGGAAAGCUGUUGGCGGCCGUGAAGAAUUUGGCAGGGCGCUGGGAGGUCGGCGAAGACAUGGGCCUGCACGCCUUGGCCAAGAGCGUUGAGCUGGACCAGAAGGCUCAGGAAGGCAAGACGCUCAUUCGCGCGGAUGAUCAGAAGGGCCGGGUGCUCCUGGCCUCAGAGGCGAUGGGGCCUGGCGAGGUGCUGCUUCGCGAGGCGCCGUUGGUGCGGGUGCGUCUGGACACGUCCCCGGUGCGUGAGCAGCUGGAGGCCAUGGAAGGCUGCUGGGACUCGCCCCUGGGGUAUCCUGCCAUUUUCUACUGGGGCGCCCUGGCGACGCUCACCGCCGAGGAGGUCUCCGGCACCGCGGUGCCUUGGCAGGGCCUGUCCCAGGAAGAACAGGACCUUGCGCUGCAGCUCUUCACGCCGCACGUGGAGGCCUCGGAGGGGACCGAGGAGCUCUGCAGAAUGCUGUGGCCACAUGGGGGUGGGCCGAAGGUGCAGAAGCUGGAGCGCCUGCUGCAGAUCUGGAUCUUCAACUGCCUGAGCCUGGGCGGGAAGGUCCGGGAGCUGGCGCUCCCGGUUGCCGUGGCCAUGUGCUCGCACUCCUGCGCGCCCAAUGCCUUCUGGAACUUCUGCGGCAAAGCCGUGGAGCUGCGAGCCGGGGAAGCAAUACCAGAAGGUGCCGAGAUCCUCAUCUCCUACCUGCCCUCGGGGGACCUCUGCCUCCCCACGCCGGCACGCAGGGCCAAGCUGGAGAGGACCAGAACCCAGAAGCAUACCGUGCCUUUGCCUCGCUUUGGCAACGUCGUGUGGCGUCCUGUCGGGCUCAAGCUUUCUGCUGCAGCUGACGCAAACUUGCCCUACCCGCCUAGCCUCACCCGGAAAGUCGUGCAAAACGCAAUGGCGAAGUGGGUCUACAACUUCGGUGCCGGAGAUGCAGAUGGCCGCGCGGAGAUGAAGAACCUGGGCAGUGCACAGUACAGGAACUUGCUCGGCGGCAAGGGUGCCAACCUGGCGGAGAUGGCCUCCAUCGGACUCCCGGUGCCGCCGGGCUUCACCUUGACCACCGAGGUGUGCGCCAGCUUCUAUGAGAAGAACUGCACCUACCCCAAAGAGCUCGCGGAUCAAGUGGCCCAGUCUCUGGCCCUUGUGGAGGCCCGCACGGGACGGAAGUUUGGCGACGCUUCGAACCCGCUGCUGGUGUCGGUGCGAUCCGGAGCUCGUGCAUCCAUGCCUGGCAUGAUGGACACGGUGCUGAAUCUGGGCCUCAACGAUCAAACGGUCGAAGCCUUGGCCAAGCAGGCCAACGACCGCCGCUUCGCCUUUGACAGCUAUCGGAGGUUUGUGCAGAUGUACUCGGAUGUGGUUCUGGGUAUGGAGCUGCACAACUUCGAGAAGCUGCUGGAGCGGGCCAAGCAGCGCCGUGGAGUCAAGAACGACCACGAGCUUCUGCCAGAGGAUUUGGAGAGGCUGGUGAAGGACUACAAGGCCACGGUGCAGCUGGAGAUGGGCGAGAGCUUCCCGGAGGACCCACAGAAGCAGCUCUGGGGCGCCAUCGGGGCCGUCUUCAACUCCUGGAUGAACCAGCGUGCCAAGACCUACAGGCAGCUCCACGACAUUCCAGAGUCCUGGGGAACGGCAGUGAACGUGCAGGCAAUGGUCUUUGGCAACAUGGGCAAUGACUGCGCGACGGGCGUGGCCUUCACCAGGAACCCAUCAAACGGGGCAAACGACUUCUACGGCGAGUUCCUGGUGAAUGCGCAGGGUGAGGACGUUGUGGCCGGGAUCCGCACGCCCCAAGAGCUGACGAUCAAGGCGCGCAAGUCCCACGGCAGCGACCUUCCAUCCUUGGAAGAAGUGAUGCCUGGCAUCUUCAAAGAGCUGAGCACCGUGCGGAAGCAGCUGGAGGCACAUUACACCGACAUGCAGGACAUCGAGUUUACCAUCCAGCAAGGCAAGCUCUACAUGCUCCAGACACGCACCGGCAAGAGAACCGCACACGCAGCCUUGCAGAUCGCUGUGGACAUGGCCAACGAAGGUCUGAUCUCCAAGUCUCAAGCUUUGAUGCGCCUGAAGCCGGAUUUGAUCGAUCAGCUAUUGCACCCGACGCUGGACCCCAAAGCCAAGAAGCAGGUGAUCGCCAAGGGCCUCCCCGCCUCACCUGGUGCGGCGGUCGGCAAGGUGGUCUUCACAGCCGACGAGGCCGUGAGGCGUUCCAAGGAUGGCGAGAAGGUGUUGCUGGUGCGGAUCGAGACGAGCCCCGAUGACAUCCACGGACUGCACGCAGCCGAGGGAGUGCUGACCACCCGAGGAGGCGCGCCGGUGUGUGAUCUCAGCGGGUCUCCUUCCCCUGCCAUACCCGCAGCAGCUCUCCUCUCCAUGAUCCCCCCCACAUUUAAAAGGCAAGGUGUGCUGCGCAUGCGCGCCCGAGGCAUGACAAGCCACGCAGCCGUGGUGGCACGUGGCAUGGGCCGCCCCUGUGUGGCUGGGGCUGGUGAUGUGCGGGUGGACUAUGCGGCCAACAAGUUCAGCGUCGGGGGCGUCACCGUUCAGGAGGGGCAGCUCCUGACCAUCGAUGGAGUUUCAGGGGAGGUCAUUUUGGGAGAAGUGCCCACGGUGGCACCUCAACUCUCCGGCUCCUUCGGCACCAUCAUGUCAUGGGCGGACGACUUCCGCAGCUUGCAGGUCAGGGCCAACGCAGAGACGCCAGCGGAUGCACGACAGGCCAAGUCCUUCGGCGCCCAGGGCAUUGGCCUGGUGAGAACGGAGCACAUGUUCUUCGAAGGUGGCCGGAUAGUGGCCAUGCGACAGAUGAUCCUGGCCGCGGACGAGAACGAUCGCAAAGCGGCACUGGACAAGCUGCUUGUGAUGCAGCGGGAGGACAUCGUGGAACUUUUUCGGAUCAUGGAUGGCCUGCCUGUAACGGUGCGUCUGCUGGACCCGCCCCUGCACGAGUUCAUCCCCCACAGCGAGUCGGAGAUGGCCUCCGUUGCCCGCGCAGCCGGUGUGCCGCUGGAGCGCGUUCGGCGCCGCGCCACCGAGCUGAAGGAGGCCAACCCCAUGCUUGGCCAUCGCGGCUGCCGGCUGGCCAUCACUUAUCCGGAGAUCUGCGAAAUGCAGACCCGUGCUAUCUUGGAGGCUGCCGCUGAGGUGGGACGUAGCACCAGCAAGCAGCCCGUGGCAGAGAUUAUGGUGCCACUGGUCUCUACACUGGAGGAGUUCGAACUCCUGAAGUCUGUGAUCGAGAAAACGGCGGCCGCAGUGCAGAAGGAGCAGGGCGUGACCUUGAAGUACCACGUGGGCACCAUGAUCGAGCUGCCCCGUGCCUGUUUGCAGGCAGGCAAGCUGGCUGAGCAGGCCGAAUUCUUUAGCUUUGGUACCAAUGACCUGACCCAAACAACUUACGGUCUGAGUCGUGACGACGCUGGCUCCUUCUUGCCGGAUUACAAAGAGAAGGGCAUCGUAGAGCAGGACCCCUUCGUCAGCCUGGACCAGGCAGGCGUCGGGGAGCUCAUCAACAUGGCCGUGGGGCGUGGGCGCACUGCACGCCAGGGCAUGAAGAUGGGAAUCUGCGGCGAGCACGGAGGUGACCCUGCCUCCAUCGAGUUCUGCAACAAAGCCGGCCUCGACUACGUGAGCUGCUCGCCCUUCCGUGUGCCCGUGGCGCGGCUGGCUGCUGCGCAGGCCGCUCUCAAGGACAAGGGCGAGAAGGCCCUGCAGGCGUCCACCAAGGCCACCAAGCCCAGGAACCCGGCCUUUGGCCCAUGGUGA